GGGCUGCUGCUUUUCUGGCAGAAUCACAACGGCAGAAUUCACAGUGUAGAUCAGCUACAGCUGCAGAGAGAAAGAGAGAACGAGAGAGAGAGAUCUUAUUGCAGGAUCAUGUGCAGAGGACUGGAAUCACUGCCAAUCACCUGUCUGGAGAGGGCCAAAGAGCUGAAGGCUCGUUUCGGAAGUUUCAUCCUCAAACAGGAGUUCAACCUCAUGGGUCUCUCAAACAAAGCCGACAAACUGCGGUCGGAAGACGUGCUCAACUGGAGGACAUCCUUUCAGAACCUCCUGGCUCACAGAGAUGGCCUGUGUGCUUUCCGAGCGUUCCUGGUGUCCGAGUAUAGCGAGGAAAAUGUUGCCUUCUAUUUGGCCUGUGAGGAUUUUAGGACCACAAAGUCGUCCUCCAAGCUGUGCAGCAAGGCCAAGAAGAUCUACGAGGAGUUCAUUGGCUGUGAUGCACCAAGAGAGGUCAACCUCGAUCACGAAACCAGAACCAUCACCAAGAAGAACCUGGAGCGUCCCACCAGCACCUGCUUUGAGCUGGCUCAGAGUAAGAUCUACACCCUGAUGGAGAAGGACUGCUACCCUCGCUUCCUCAAGUCCUCGCUCUACCUGGACCUCACCAAACACCUGACGCCCUGAAGGACGACUACCAGGACUGAGCACAGGACAUUUCAGAGUUCAGAGGACCUGAACCUCGUACGGCUGGUCUGAACGUCGCUGCGUUCUCCUGCAGCUGAAGCUGAAAUUUGAGAUGAUCAGAUGGAUGGAUGGCUGGAAGAUGAUGGUGAAAUCCAGCUUCCAGCCCGGUCUGGAUCAGACUGAAGCUCAGGAGAGACGAGACAUAUCCUGCUGGAGCUCCGAUUUGGAGCAUUUACAGAAGAAGAAGAAGGGAAUUAUGGGAUAAAUAGGAUUAUUCCGUAGCACUUGAAAAAAAAAAAAGACAACAGAACUGUUGGGACUCAAACUCGAGGCGCAGAAAGCCUGACUGCCUUUUGCACAAGCUGUGUGUUUUUUUCCAUUUUUCACUUCUACAUAUUUAUUGAAACUUGAUAUUUAUUGAAGAAUGUGUUUUGCAGAAGUAGCAUAUUUGAUAUAUUUAUGACACUGUGAUGUACUGCGAAAAUUGUAACUUGAAUAAAUUAUGAAUUGUUAUUUCAUGA